CCCCCACGAGGCUGCGUGGGGCAAGGAAUGUGGUGUUCCCCCUCACCUCCUCCCUUUGCGCGGAGCAUACCAGAGCCACACAGGGGAAACUGAGGCACGGCCAGGGGAGGAGAGGUGUAGCGUCCCCCCGCUCCACUAACUCCGGUGAUGCGAGCCGGUGUCCCCCCGCGUCCCCCUCCCCAGGGGGGAACGCUUCCACCCUCGAUCGGCCGUGACCCCCCGGACCUCCCGGAGGGGCCCGGCCCCUCCAGCGCGAACCCGACACCGCGGCGGUUUCAGAAGAUGCCACCAUCCUUGCCUGCCUCCAUCAACAUCCGUGAGCCCCGAUGGGACCAGAGCACCUUUCAGGGCCGGGCCAAGCACUUUUUCAUGGUGACAGACCCCCGAAACCUGCUGCUCUCGGGGGCCACACUGGAGGAAGCCCGACGGGUGGUGGAGGACUACAGGGCGGGCACAGUACCCCCAGGGCUGACAGAGGAUCAGCUUUGGCGGGCAAAGUACAUCUACGAUUCAGCUUUCCACCCUGACACGGGUGAGAAGAUGCUCCUUGUGGGACGCAUGUCUGCUCAGGUCCCCAUGAACAUGACCAUCACCGGUUGCAUGUUGACCUUCUACAGGACCACACCGGCUGUGCUGUUCUGGCAGUGGGUCAACCAGUCCUUCAAUGCCGUUGUCAACUACACCAACCGCAGCGGGGAUGCACCCAUUACCCCCAGCCAGCUGGGGACAGCCUAUGUGAGUGCGACCACGGGGGCAGUUGUCACAGCACUGGGGCUCAAAUCUCUCACCAAGCACUUGCCAGCCAUCAUCGGCCGGUACGUUCCUUUUGCGGCUGUGGCAGCUGCCAACUGCAUCAACAUCCCACUAAUGAGGCAGAGAGAGCUCAAGCUCGGGAUCCCAGUCACAGAUGAGAAUGGGAACCGCCUAGGAGAAUCCACAGCUGCAGCCCAGAAGGCCAUUUUCCAGGUGGUGGUGUCCCGCAUUGGCAUGGCAGCCCCAGCCAUGGCCAUCCCGCCAGUGAUCAUGAACAUGCUGGAGAAGAGAGCUUUCCUGAAGCGGUACCCGUACCUGAACGCUCCCCUGCAGGUCGGCCUGGUGGGAUUAUGUUUGGUGUUCGCCACCCCGCUGUGCUGUGCACUCUUCCCGCAGAAAAGCUCCAUGGCCGUGAGCAGCUUGGAGCCUGAUGUCCAAGAUCAGAUACGGAAGAAAGACCCAUGGUUGGAGACGGUCUACUUCAACAAAGGGCUCUGAAUGGGGGUCCUGGGGCGGCCGAGAUGUGUACCACGGAGCUGCCGGGCCAGCGAAUUGCCGAGCUUCGCCCUUCGGAUCCCUUUGGGGUUGCUGCCGCUUUCCCUUGGCUGUUGCGUUUCCAUAGGUUCCAGGUGCUCAGCCCUGCUUCCCAGGGUGCCGGCAGCCAUGCAGCACCACACCAAACCCUGUCCCCAUGCCUGGGUCAGCCCUGCUCAGGGACCUCCUGGCUGGCACCCCGGUGCAUUCCUCCUGUGCUUACCCUCUGUGUGCCUGUAGCUGUGUGCAGUGCACAGGGGAACGUGGGCAGCAGCACCAGGGAUCUCGUGAGCGGUGGUAGAGGAAAAAUUGUGGAAUAAGGAAGAAAAUGGUGCUCCCCAGCUUUAGGAUGCAGUAGACAAUCACAGCAAUUGAAGGUAGAACCCCUAUAUAAGCACCCUGUGGUCCCCAGUGGUUUAGCAGCUGGUGCUUGGGCAUGGCAGAGCAGCUUUCAGAGAGGAAAACUCCCCAUACUCAAAAUAGCUGUGGGUGAGUGAUGAAGUGCACAUAGUGGCUUGAACUCGGGGCGGGGGCGGCUCUCCCGGCCCAGGCGUGUGCUCCCAGCUCACCUUCUGCUCUCCUCCAGGCUGCUCUGGGGAUUUAAUCUGGCUUUCUGCUCCUUCCAUCCCUGGAGCGAAUGGCACAUUUUAAUCCCAGCAGAGUCUCCAUUUUUAUUCUCAUUUUAAUGCCAUCUCUGUUCAGGGCUGGGCUCCCCCCAAGGGGUUACUCUACCCUCUUCUGGACUGCUUGCUUUCAGGUGGACCUUCUCAAAUAGCUUUAAAUGCACUGUGGUUUCCUCUAGGUUUUUUGAUAUACAUAUAAUGUACCUAUAUAUACACCAAACAAUAAAGGCAGAUUGUUUAUACAAAACACCAACAGCAAA